AUGCAAGCAGAAGAAGAGAAAUACCCGCGCAUCACUGAUGAUUUCUUAAAGAAGCUUUUGCGUAGUGAUAUUCGAAUUUACUAUUCUACUCGUUAUCUAAAUGACAAGCUCUACUUACAUUACAAAGGAUUCCACAAAAUAGAAAAUCUUUCGGAUUUCACUGGACUAAAAGUUCUUUAUAUUGAAGGAAAUGCUAUAGAAAAAAUCGAAGGUCUUGAAAAUUGCACAGAUCUUCGUUGCCUUUAUAUUCAAGAAAAUUGUAUUAGAGAAAUCUCAGGGCUGGACACGUUGUCUGAACUAUACACAUUAAAUCUCAGCGACAACAUGAUUCGCAGUAUAUCAGGCUUAUCAAAUAACCAAAAGCUUAAUACACUAUUACUUCAAAGAAACAGUAUAGGCGCUAAUGGUCUGCAAGAUAUCCUACAAUUGGCAGACCUUAAAAGUUUAAGUGUUUUAGAUUUAUCUCACAAUAAAAUAGAUGACCCAGAAAUCCUUCCUCAGGUCCUAGAAAAAAUGCCACAAAUCGGUGUUUUAUAUCUCCAAGGAAAUCCAGUCUGCAAAAAAAUAGAAAAUUAUAGAAAGGUUAUAACUUAUAAGCUGCCGAAUCUAAAGUACUUAGAUGAUAGACCAAUUUUCGAAGAAGACAGGAGAUUUGCUCAAGCUUUUGCUAUAGGCGGAAUUCAAGCUGAAAGAGAAGAGCGUAAAAAAUGGCAGGAAGAAAAAGAAGCUGAAAGGCUCAGAAACCACUUACUCCCCCCCUCCGUGAGUGUUCAAAACCAUUAGAAAAAUCACUAUUUUUGCCCAAAAACCCACCCUCCGUGAGUGAACAAAAAUUUUUUUAAUAAAAAAAUUUGAUAUAUAAAUGAUAAUUAGUAUAAUGAAAUCUAGAGCUAAUUCUGUUUAAUUUUAAACGAAUUGCUUUUUAAAACAUAAAUUUUAUAAAUUAAAUUAAUAUUUUCUUUCCAAUUUUUUGCGAAUUAGGAUUUUUUUAAAUUUCGAAAAAAAAUAUUUUUUAUAAAGAUUUAUAUAUAAAUUUUUUUAAAAAAAAAAUUAACCCCCCUCCGUGAGUGAACAAAACUUUUUUGUUCACUCACGGAGGGGGGGGAGUUAGCGUUUAGAGAAAUGGUUGAAAAGCAUAGAAAUGAACGAGUUGAACAAGAGGCUGCAAAAAGCAGCGAAAGUACUACUAUGAGCGAAGGGUCUAGCGAUGAAUGAAACUCAAGCAAUGAAACGCCUGAGGUCUCUUAUAUUGGUAGUAGAGGAAGUGAAACUAAAAGUGAAGAUGAGCUCCCACCUUUAGAAGAAGUGAAAAUUGAAGAUAUACCAUUUAUAACAGGGGUUAGAAAUGAAGAUAAAGAGGAAAAAGAAAAUUUUACGUCAAAAUUAAUUGUUGAGGAGAAAAAAGAGAAAAAGGAAGAGGAGUUUAAAGGAACAAAAAUAAUGAUUGAAGAAGUCAAUGAAGGGGUAGAGGUGAAAAAUGAAGAAAGAAUUGUGUGUGAGGAAAAGAUUAGGGAGGAAGUUACAGAAAAUGAGGAAGAAAAGGGGGAAAAGGUGGGAGAGGAAGAAAAAGUGGCUAGUAAUACAGAAGAAUCAGAAGAAAUAUUAAACCCAGAAAUCCAUAAGCUAGAUCCACCCUCAAAAGAUAUAGUUGAGCAAAGAUUAAAUCAAAUUGCUUCACAAGAAAAGGCAGAUUUAGAACUCCUAAUGAGAAAGCAGCAAGAAGAUCUUGAUGAGCUUGACUAA